AUGAUCAUACCGAACCUGACGAUGAACAGCGUGUACGAGAUCGUGGUGCGCGGAGGCACGCGAAGCGCUAUCGACAAUCGAUUGAUUAUACGCGGAGAAGGCUCUGCUCCGCAGAAGGUCCGCGGUAUUCGCGAUUGCAACAGAGCGCCGCCGUUAUUGCCACACAGCACCAUAUGGUUCAGCAGCGGAGUGAUUGCCGGGGUGAUCUGCGCUUGUCUGGCGGUGAUGCUGAUGAUCACGUCCUUCGUCCUAUGGAAGCCUUGCCUGAGGCCAAUUUUCAGGAAAUGCUUCCACACCGCGUACUACUUCCUCGACUAUCCGCCCCGUAACGUGCCGACGCUCCAGGAAUGGGAGAACAGCGAGCAGGAUGGAGAACGUACGGCGGUCGCCAUUCAGAAGUUCGUGCAACACGUCGCGAGCCUGCACGCGGACGGAGACAUCGGGUUCAGCAAGGAGUACGAGUUCAUUCAGUCGGAGAGCGGCAAGUUCACCGCGGAGAAUUCCCAAUACGUCGAGAACAAAGCGAAAAACCGAUACUUGAAUAUAUUGGCCUACGAUCAUACUCGAGUGCAGUUGCUGUCGUGCGGCGGAGGACCACCGAAAAAGGGGCACGAUUACGUGAACGCGAAUUACAUCGAUGGUUGGCAACGUACACGCGCGUACAUUGGUACGCAAGGUCCGUUGCCACCGACUUUCGAUGGAUUCUGGCGUAUGGUGUGGGAACAGAGGGUAUCGAUCGUUGUUAUGAUCACCAAUCUCGUUGAACGUGGUCGCAAAAAAUGUGAUAUGUACUGGCCUAAGAAGGGAUCGGAAACCUAUGGUUACAUUCAAGUCACUCUGCUGAGGGAAGAUGUCAUGGCUACGUACACUAUUCGUACGCUUCAGAUUCGCCACAUGAAGGUGAAGAAAAGGAAGAACGGAGUCAACAUGGGCGAGCGUAUCAUUUGGCAGUACCAUUACACUGGAUGGCCUGAUCACGGUGUACCGGAGCACCCGUUGCCGGUUCUGAGCUUCAUCCGGAAAUCUUCCAAUGCCAAUCCUCCGGACGCAGGACCAAUCGUUGUCCACUGCAGCGCUGGCGUCGGGCGUACAGGCACCUAUAUUGUCAUCGACGCGAUGCUGAAACAGGCCAAGUGCAAGAACGAGGUGAACGUAUUCGGGUUUUUAAAGCACAUUCGCACGCAGCGAAAUUUCUUGGUUCAAACGGAGGAACAGUACGUGUUCAUCCAUCAUGCUCUGCAAGAAGCUAUCGAGAGCGGCGAGACCAACAUCGAGGCAAACAAUCUGUUAGAGUAUGUCCAAGACAUGUUGAAUCCGAACAACACCAACACCGAUGCAUGGAACAACCUCGAAGCUCAGUACAAGCUGGUGACCUCGUGGAAACCGAAGGAGUUCAAUCUCGUGUCCGCGAUCAAACCGUGCAAUCUUCACAAGAACCGUAACCAAGAUGUGAUUUCGAUCGAAACAGCUCGCGUUCACUUGACGCCGAAGCCCGGGAUCGACGGAAGCGACUACAUAAACGCUACGUGGAUCGCUGGUAAGCAAUCGAUUAAUCGAAUUCCACACGUGACUUUCGAACCCGAAAGCAAACCCGAUCGUCCGUUUCCAGGCUUCCAUCGCAAUCGUGAGUUUAUCAUCAGCCAGCAUCCGAUGGAAAAUACGAUCAUGGAGUUCUGGCAGAUGAUGUGGGAUUACAAUGCACAAACCGUGGUCAUGCUGACCGAAUGCGACGAGGAGUAUCCCGAAUUUUGGCCUACCGAGGGGAAAGAUUUAGAGUCGGAGACCUUCCGCGUGCGAUCAUGCGGAAUCAAGGAAACCGCGAGCGGAAUGAUUCUGCGCGAAGUUGCGGUCCGAUCUUUGCAAGACGAUUACGAAUUGAGUGCCAAAAUCGUGCAAGGACCGCGAUCUCAGCCUGGCUUCUGGCCACACAACACCAACCCGCGACCCCUCGUGACCUUAAUCCACGAUUUACAUCGGGAUUACCAAAACGGCCCUAUUGUCGUGAUGGACAGGUUUGGCGGCGUCGAGGCGGCAAUCUUCAUCUUGCUGACAACGUUGAACAAGCAGAUGGAGUUCGAGAAGAGCGCUGACAUUUACAUGUACGCGAAGUUGUUGUACAUGAAACGACCUGGAGUCUUCCGCACAAAGGAGGAUUACGCGUUGUUGUAUCAAUGUCUGGAAACCACGCUGUCGUCGAAAACUCACGACGAGCCGGAUCUAUACUCGAUGGCCAACGGCCACGUGUCUACGAUAACGGAUCCGACUGACGUGCCUACCUCGUCGAUGCAGCACAUGCAGAUGGAUUACUCUCCGAAACCAACGAUGAUCCGCGAAUACGCGACGGUGGAGGUGAACUCCAUGUCCGACUAUUCUAUACCGAUUCGUGUGGACCAUUCGAUGGAGCCGUGCAGUAGCAGAAGCAGCGAGAGCUGCAUGUUCAGCCACGCGGGGAACGAACACGAGAAGAACAUCGUCAUGACCCAUCGGAACGUCAGCUAUCACAAUCAUCCGGGCAGUGUCUCUGUGAUCGUUGACGCGAACGGUUACGUGACGAACGGCAGCAUGCGCAUGAGACCAGAGGGCAUGGAGUCGACCUGCAAGAUGUUGCCUCAAUGAUGCCUGCCGAUCUUCGGUUGCAGUGUUUCCUCGAGCCGAUCUGAGCCGCUGUAACCGAUCGAGCUCCUCACUGCCCGAAGUGUAAUCCUGAUUCUGCCACAGCGCAAGGAGUUCCAGAUUGGACACGUCUUCGCACAAACGGAAGAACGGCGAUUCGAUUAGUUAGGAUCCGCCUAGAGAGCAUUCUUAAGCAUCUCUAAAUGUAAAUAAUUAACCGCGUUAGUUCGCCCGCGUGUACGCGUACGCUCUCGAACGAUGAGGCUACACGCGUACACGCGGUGUAGAGAAAACAAAACAAAAGAAAAAAAAAAAAAGAAAAA